GAAGAUAACGGUCGGUCGCUCUGCCUCACAAACCUCCGAGAUUAGGCGGAUUAGUGGAAGCUUUCCUGGCGUGUUUGCGUCCCAACGCUGUCCUCAGUGUGGCCGGGAAUGCUUCUUUUCUGUCUGACCGUGUUUCUGGGUAAAAUGAUGCGUGUUGUGCGACGUUUUCGCUCAGUGUGUGGGCUACGUUAGGUUAGCCCGCGCCGUGCGGUAGCCGCGCUUAGCCGCUUGUUUUCUCGGCGCAUUUCGAUCAUUUUUCACCUCACAGAAGACCUUCAGAUGCCCUGCGAGGGUGAAGAAGAGGACCUCGCAUGCAAUGAUGUGUCUAACAGUGUUCCCAGUUUUAAGGCUGCAGACACAGUGGUCCAGCUGUCUGAAUCUCAAAAGCCCAAACCAGUGUUGGAGGGGCUGCAGUUUGGCACCGUGUUCACUGACCACAUGCUGGUCAUUGAGUGGAGCAACGAAGGAGGAUGGGGAAAACCUCACAUCCAGCCCUUUGGAAACCUGAGCAUCCAUCCUGCCUGCUCGGCCCUGCACUACGCCGUGCAGCUGUUUGAGGGCUUGAAGGCGUACCGGGGACAGGACAACAAAGUGCGCCUCUUUAGGCCCAUGCUGAACAUGAAGCGCAUGCUGAAGUCUGCUCGCCGAGCCUGUCUACCUGGUUUUGAUGGUGCCGAGUUACUGGAGUGCAUCAGGAAACUGUUAGAGGUAGAUCAGGAGUGGGUUCCUCAGUCUGACUCUGCUAGUCUUUAUAUUCGCCCCACUUAUGUGGGGACUGAGUCGUCGCUAGGUGUGAAGAAGCCCAUGCAGGCUUUGCUGUUUGUGAUCCUCAGUCCUGUCGGCUCUUACUUCAGCACAGGAACCAAACCUGUCUCCCUGUGGGCUGACUCCAAAUACAUCAGGGCCUGGAGAGGAGGAACGGGAGACUGCAAAAUGGGAGGGAACUAUGGUGCUUCUAUCUAUGCCCAGUAUGAGGCAGUGGAUUACGGCUGCCAGCAAGUGCUGUGGCUGUACGGUGAUGACCAUCAGAUCACGGAGGUCGGCACAAUGAACCUGUUUCUUUACUGGGUCAAUGAGGAAGGAGAGGAAGAACUUGCAACACCUCCUCUGGAUGGGAUCAUACUGCCAGGCAUUACACGGCAGAGCAUCCUGGAGCUUACGCGCAAAUGGGGGGAAUUUAAAGUGUCAGAGCGGUACUUGACCAUGGCUGAUCUGCGCUUGGCUCUAAAGGAGAACCGGGUGAAGGAGAUGUUUGGCUCAGGGACAGCAUGUGUGGUCAGUCCGGUCGGCAGGGUGCUAUACCAGGGAGAGAACCUUGAAAUUCCUUGUGAGGUUAACUGCUCAGGGCUCGUCUCUAGACUGCAACAGGAGCUCACAGACAUCCAGUAUGGGCGGACUCCCAGCGACUGGGCCAUCGUUGUGUAGACGAGUCUUGGUGUUUUAGAGACUCGAUGAACCAACAUAAACACUAAUGCGCACGUACACAUACACACAAGCAUCCUCAUCAUGUACACACGUGUCCAGUCUAAAUCUCCAGUCCUCUCCAGACCUGCUGACAUGACGUGCCCAUGCACUGAUCCGGCGUAACACUAUGACCGCCUCCUUGUUUCUACGCUCACUGUCCACUUUAUCAGCUCCACUUACUGUAUAGCUGCACUCUGUAGUUCUACAGUUACAGACUGUAGUCCAUCUGUUUCUCUGAUACUCUGUU